CCCUUUGGUAGCUGUUAGCUCAGACAUUCCAAUGCUGUGAGGCAGCAGUGUCAGGGCUGGUCACCCAGCCCAGCAAUUACACAGGCAGCAGCUACACGGCCAGCCCAGCUCUGCCUCCACUCUCAUUCACAACAUGAGGGAUACUAUGGCUUCACAGCAGCACUCAGCACUGCACAGGUCUGAAGGCACCUUUAGCCCAGGAUCCCACCACUUACAUGCAGAAAAGCUUCUCAUGGCAGCCCAGGGAAAUGUUAUUUAAUCCACAUCUCAGCAGCACUGGCCCAUACUGGAAUAAAAGUGAAAAUAAAAAACUGGAUCCAGAUCAGAAAUAUUUGCUCAUUUGCCUCUGGAGUAAACAGCUGGAAAAAGUUUCAUAUGAAAAAUGCUGAAUUUGUGACAAUGACUAUAUCCCAUUUCUAAAUGGAAAGAAACAUUCUGCACAUUGGAGACACCUUUCUCUAAACAAAAUAUCAGUGCAGCUUUUUGAGAGGAAUACACACUUUUACCUCAAUUGUGGUUCUAUAAGUGACUAAAAAGCACUAAGGAUCUCAAGCCUUGGUGUCAAGAUGACCUCGAAAGAUCUAGCAGCUUCUGUUGUUCUACCAGCCGCCAGGAGGAAAGUGAUAUGCACUCCGCCAGCUGGAGAUGAAAAUUCUAGGAAUACUUUGGAUACUAUGGAUAUAAAAAGACAGGCAACAGAACAAGAACAAGAGAGAAAUGAGAGCAACCCCCAUACAAAUCAGUUAAAGGAGCACUACCUUCCAAACUCCUUCAUUAGGACUUUUUCACCAGGAAAUAAAGAUGUAGGCAGAGAAAACCUUCCUGCAGAAAAAGACAAGUGUUUACCCAAUUCAGUGGAAUAUCCCAACAUCAACUGCAAGAUUUUGGAGAAAGCCUGCAAAGCAAACUUGCAUUUUAAUCAGUGUUACAAGUCCUACAAUCCUCUAAAAGGGAAGGGCACGUGUGCAGAACAGAGGAUUCCUGCAGUGCUGACAGAAAUUAAUUUUAAAGUAGACAGAACUUCAGUGGGCGAUGGGGCUUUAAAGGGUCGGCUGGAAGGGAAUGAGACUUGCACAGAUGCUGUCAGUCACAUUCCUGCAUUACACAUCAGUUAUCCCCCUGGAAAGAGACUAUCAAAUGUUUCAUGUACCACAAAUAACAGCUAUAUUUUGGGUAACCGCUCUGAAACAGUACAAAGACCUUGCAGCAGUCGACAUGCAGUUUGUUCUUACAAGAUGGCUCAGCCCUCCCAGAGUUGUGCCGUUUCCAACAGACCCCCAGUUAUCACUUGUAAAGCAGCCCACCAUUCAGAUAAUGGUUCAGAGAUCAAAUCGGACCCAUGUUUGAUACUUCAAAGGGACACUUUCUGCGGACACACCUUUCCCUUUUCCAUGUCCUCUAACCCAUCUCAGAAGGCUUCAGAAGAACCGGGCAAAUUAUUGGCAGAAGAAGGACAAUACGAUUUGAAUGACUUUUCCAGGAAGAGGAAAGAUCGCUCAACGUUACUUUUUAGAAGGUUUUGUAAAAAUGACAAGGAAGUAAAAAAGUCUAUUUAUACAGGAACAAAUGCAAUUAUUAAAAUGCUACCCUCAGGUUACAUGGGAACAAAGGUUUGCUCUCUGGAGAGGAGCCAUGAAACCACAGGGGAUGAGAAGGAUUAUUGGUUUGUCUCUGGGGAUUUAACAUCUCUUCAUGUAACGCUCAGAAGAAAGGAUUUACUUGAGUAUUUGGUGAAAACCACUAUAUUACAGUUUUCCAAUGCAGGCAAAUCGGUAGACGAUACAGAUGAACUUGCUCUGUGUCCGCUUGAAAAACGCCUAAUUGCCGUCUCACUUCAUGGCCAGAAGGUUUGUUCCACAUGCUCAAGGCAAGAUGUGCACUCGGCUUUCUUUGCAACUCUGCACAGGAUCUCAGUUUCAGACUUUAUAACCGGAGCUUUGUUGGAAGCAACUACAUCCUUGGGUGCACGUAGUGGGGGUUUGAACAUAUUUCUUGGCUCAACUGGAAGGACAAUGUUGAAAGAACGCCAUCCGUGUUCAACUAUGGCAACAUCAAGUUCAUCACCGGCCAGUGCAGCUGGACUAAGCAAAGAACUGGUGGAUCUUCAACACCUCAUUCAGUUUCCAGAGGAGAUUGCAAGCAUCCUCACAGAGCAAGAACAGGAGAUUUACCGGAAAGUGUUGCCUGUUGACUACCUCUAUUUCUUGACCAAAGAUCUUAGCAACGGAGAAUGUGACACUAACCUGUCAGAUAUAAAGACAUCACUGUCCGCUUCACUAAGAAAACUAAAGAAUGGAGAGCACGAUGCAGUGGAAGGACUUGUGGCAAGAUUUAAUGAGGUUAGCUCCUGGGUCACAUGGCUGAUUCUAACGGCAGGAUCUAUGGAGGAGAAACGAGAAGUUUUCUCACACGUCGUUCACAUUGCAAAGUGUUGCUGGAACAUGGGCAAUUACAACGCUGUCAUGGAAUUCCUGGCAGGCCUCAGGACAAGAAAAGUUCUAAAAAUGUGGCAAUUUAUGGAUCAGUCCGACAUUGAAACGAUGCGCAGCUUGAAAGAUGCAAUGGCACAGCAUGAAUCCUCAUCCGAGUACAGGAAAGUGGUGAACAGGGCCCUAAAUAUACCUGGCUGUAAGGUGGUUCCUUUUUGUGGGGUCUUUCUAAAGGAACUCUGUGAAGUCCUUGAUGGAGCAGCGAGUAUCAUCAGUCUGUGUCCUCAGUACGAUGCUCAGAGUGAAACACUGGAGUUUGUUUCAGAUUACAAUGGGCAAGACAACUUUCUCCAGCGAAUAGGGAAAGAUGGAUUAAAGAACACAGAGAAAGAGUCCACUGUGAAUAGUAUCAUGCAGACAAUUCGUAGCUGUAACCGUAGCUUGGAAUCUGAAGAAGGAGAAGACAAUCUCAGCGAUGCCGGGGGUAUCAGGAAAAGCACAGUGAUGGACAGAACUAGAUUUCACUCCAAGAAGGUCUAUGAGCCAAACCGGGUUCUGUUUAUUAUGGGAGAUUUAUCUGACUCUGAAAGUGAUAUCUUUGAACAAUCAAAAGAGUGGGACUUGCAUAGGAGGGAAGAGCAACAGAAGGCAUUCAGCCAUGGAACAGAGCUAAUUCCCUGGUAUGUGUUAUCCAUGAGAGCAGAUGUCUAUCAGUUUCUUCAGCAAGGAGUGACUGUCAUCCGCUAUGACCAGGAGACACACAUUUCUGUUCGUUGUUUCCUUCAACUCCAACCAGACAACUCCACAUUGACUUGGACAAAACCAACCACAACGUGUCUUGCAAACACUAAAAAUAAAUUAGGAACUGUAAGUAGCAGUGCGGAGAUUAAAUUUCAGUUCCUUGCCAAUGCUGGAAUGAAUGGACUGGCCGAAGGAUUCUUGGACUUAUUCUCUGUAAAGGCAGUUUACAUGGGACAUCCGGGAAUUGAUAUGCACACUGUGUGUGUUCAAAACAAACUAUGUAAUAUGAACCUGGAAGAAAAUGGUGUCACAUUGCUUUAUGGGCUGCACACUACUGACAACAAGUUGCUGCACUUUGUAGCUCCGAAAUACACAGCCAGGACAUUGUAUGAUGGACUCCUGGAGUUAACCAAAGCAGUAAGGAAGAUAAAACGCUUUCCUGAUCAGAGAUUACAGUGGUUAAGGAAGCAGUAUGUUAGUCUCUACCAGGAGGAAAACAGAUUUGAAGGACCAGCUUUGGCACAAGCUAUUGAGCUGUUUGGAGGGCGACGCUGGAGUACGAGAAACACGAGCACAGGGACCUUAACCAAAAGCACAGAGAAACCAAACGUGCAGAGGAAUAACACUCUCGGCAUCAACACUGCCAAGAAGAAGAAGAAAGUGCUUAUGAGGGGCGAGAGUGGGGAUGCAGCCGAUGAUGAGAUGGCAACCCGCAAAACAAAAAGCUGCAAGGAAAGUCGCAGUAGAAGUGGCUCUGAUCCUCCAGAAAUCGAUGAGCAGGAAGAGCAAGAUCUGAAUAUUAUUGCUGGAUAUUCACCAUCUCAAAUGCUCCCAUCCCGAAGAGCUCAUUCUAUGUCGACUUCUGGUUCUCCCAACUUGACACCCGGGCCAUCUAUUCCACUGCGACCUGCCUCCUCUCCUAUUUUGUCCAACUCAAACAAACCCCAGUCCAAUACGUGGAGCAGUUCAAGUUGGCAUGGAAGAGUUAAAGGUGGGAUGAAAGGCUUCCAAUCAUUCAUGGUUUCGGACAGCAACAUGAACUUUACUGAAUUUGUAGAGCUUUUCAAAUCUUUUAGCGUAAGAAGUCGGAAAGACCUGAAGGACAUUUUUGAUGUGUAUGCUGUGGCCUGCAAUCGGUCAGGUGCAGAAUCAGUCCCUCUCUACACUAAUUUGACAAUUGAUGAGAAUGUAGUUGGAGUCCAACCUGAUUUAGAUUUAUUGACCAGGAAUGUGUCCGACUUGGGUUUAUUCAUUCGCAGCAGACAGCAACUGUCUGAGAACCAAAGGCAAAUCUCAGAUGCCAUUGCGGCUGCCAGCAUUGUAACUAAUGGAACUGGAGUAGAAAGCACAUCCCUGGGCAUAUUUGGAAUGGGAAUACUGCAGUUUAAUGAUUUCCUGGUGAAUUGCCAGGGUGAACAUUACACCUAUGAUGAAGUUCUUAGCAUUAUUCAGAAAUUUGAACCAAGUAUCAGUAUGCGCCAGCAGGGGCUGAUGUCAUUUGAAGGAUUUGCAAGGUUCCUGAUGGAUAAAGACAAUUUUGCAUCAAGAAAUGAUGAGUCUCAGGUAAACACAGAAGAACUUCAGCUGCCCCUUUCCUACUAUUUCAUUGAGUCUUCACACAACACCUACCUUACAGGGCACCAGCUAAAAGGAGAGUCUUCAGUUGAGCUGUACAGCCAGGUCCUUUUGCAGGGGUGCCGAAGUGUUGAAUUAGACUGCUGGGAUGGAGAUGACGGCAUGCCUAUCAUUUAUCAUGGACAUACACUAACUACUAAAAUUCCCUUUAAGGAUGUCAUUGAAGCUAUUGGCCGAAGUGCAUUUAUUACCUCUGAAAUGCCAAUCGUACUGUCCAUAGAAAACCAUUGCUCCCUACCACAGCAGCGUAAAAUGGCAGAUAUAUUUAAGAAUGUCUUUGGUGAAAAACUGGUGACAAAGUUCCUGUUUGAAAGUGACUUUUCAGAUGAUCCGAUGUUGCCUUCUCCAUGGCAAUUGAGAAAUAAAGUGCUUCUGAAAAAUAAAAAGCUGAAGGCACAUCAAACCCCGGUGGAUAUACUGAAGCAGAAGGCACAUCAGCUGGCUAGCAUGCAAGCACAAGCAAGCAAUGGUAGCCAAAUGGUAAGCCCUAGCACAAACAAUGAAGAAGAAGAAGAUGAAGAAGAUGAAUAUGAUUAUGACUAUGAGUCUCUGUCAGAUGCCGAUGUCCUUAAUGCUUCCCCUGCUCCUAACAGCCAGGAAGAUAAUAUUCUUGAUGACCGAUCUGAAACUAAAACCAACAGCGACAAACUGCAAUUUGAAUAUAAUGAGGAAGCUUCAAAGCGAAUCAAAAAGACAGAUGGCAGCAGUAUUAACACUAAAGGAAAGGUCUAUGACAUGGAGUUGGGUGAGGAAUUCUAUCUUCCACAAAACAAAAAAGAGAGCAGGCAAAUUGCACCUGAAUUGUCAGACCUUAUUAUCUAUUGCCAAGCUGUCAAAUUCCCAGGCCUUACAACAUUAAACCCAUGUGGAUCUGGCAGAGGGAAGGAAAGAAAAAGCAGGAAGUCCAUUUUUGGCAACAACCCUGGCAGAACAAGUCCUGGGGAACCAACAGCACUUGCCAAAACAUCUGGAAAAGGUACAAAUGAAACACGGCAGAGCUGGGAAGAGCCAUGUUCUCCUCCCUUUAACCCCAGCACUUCCCUCAGUGCAAUAAUCAGGACACCCAGGUGCUACCAUAUCUCUUCCCUAAAUGAGAACGCAGCCAAGCGCUUGUGCCGAAGGUAUUCUCAGAAACUCAUUCAACAUACCGCAUAUCAACUGCUCCGAACAUAUCCCGCCGCCACUCGGAUAGACUCUUCCAACCCACAUCCUCUUAUUUUCUGGCUUCAUGGUGUACAGUUGGUUGCUCUAAACUACCAAACUGAUGAUCUCCCCUUACAUCUAAACGCCGCCAUGUUUGAAGCAAAUGGUGGUUGCGGAUAUGUGUUAAAGCCCCCCGUGCAGUGGGAUAGGACCUGCCCAAUGUACCAAUUAUUCUCACCAUUAGAACGAGAUUUAGAAAAUAUGGAACCAGCAAUAUAUUCUUUGACGAUAGUCUCUGGGCAAAAUGUGUGUCCAGGUAACAGCUCAGGCAGCCCCUGCAUUGAAAUUGAUGUCUUGGGUAUGCCAGUAGACAGCUGCCAUUUUCGGACCAAACCAAUCCAUCGCAAUACCUUAAAUCCCAUGUGGAAUGAACAAUUCUUAUUCCGAAUAUACUUUGAGGAUCUUGUGUUUCUUCGGUUUGCUGUGGUGGAAAACAACAGCUCUGCUGUAACUGCCCAAAGAAUAAUUAAUCUUAAAGCUUUAAAGAGAGGUAACAGACACCUUCAGCUAAGAAAUUUACAUAAUGAGCCCUUAGAGGUUUCUACCUUAUUUAUAAAUAGCAGGAGAAUGGAAGAAAUCCCUAAUGGAAAUACCUUACCCGCCUCCUUGUUUUUCAGCUCAGAAGAAAGAAAGACUCCAGCCACAUUUAAAGCUACAGUACAUGGGAUUCCUGGGCCAGAACCAUUUACAGUGUUUGAAAUCAGUCUUGGGACAACUGCAAAGCAACUUCUUGAUCAUAUUUUGGCUACUAUACAAGGCAAUGAAGCAGACAUCACUGACUAUUUUUUGAUGGAGGAAAAAUGCUUUAUAUCUAAAGACAAAAAUGAAUGCAAGAAAUUGCCGUUCCAGAGAGUGAUUAGCCCAGAAGAGGAUAUCCUGCAAAUUUUGAAUAGCUGGUUCCCAGAAGAAGGCUACGUGGGGAGAAUUGUUCUUAAAACACGAGAGGAGAACAUGAAUGACAAAAAUGUUCAAGAGGACAAAGAAGAAAAAGAGGUGACCGUGAGCUCCGAUGAGGAGACUUUCUUUGUCCAGGUCCAUGAUGUUUCUCCUGAACAGCCAAGAACGGUUAUCAAAGCUUUACGAUUCAGUACAGCGCAGGAAGUUAUCCAGCAGGCUUUAUGCAAGGCUAAAUACUCAUACAGCAUCCUGAGCAACCCUAAUCCUAGUGAUUAUGUGCUUCUGGAGGAAGUCAUCAAAGAAGCUUCAAAUAAGAAGUCUUCUACCUCCAAAACAAUUCAGAGGGUUCUCUUGGAUCAAGAGUGUGUAUUCCAGGCACAGAGCAAGUGGAAGGGAGCAGGGAAAUUCAUUCUUAAACUGAAGGAACAAGUCCAGGCGGCAAGAGACGACAAGCGCAAAGGUCUGUCUAUAGCCAGUGAACUGAAGAAGCUAGCAAAGUCCAGCCGGCAAUCUCGGAACUUCACUUUGUCACCUCAGAUAUUUUUAUCAGAAGAUGCCUGUGAAAGCCCUGAACCUACAAAAAGCAAAACGCAGGAAAAGCCUUCGGCAGAUAAUGAAGUAAAUGUGCAUCCAACCUGCUGCAGGAGGUCUUCUGCUGCCUGGUACUUUCUGUUGCUGAAGAACUGGAAGCUGCCAAAAUGAUACGAUUGAGAGCACUCAGUGGGAAGUUGUAUAAUGAGAUGUCUCUUGCAGUUGUGUGACGACUGCAUGCUUUCUUUGGGGUCUCAUCCGGUAGCGAGAGGAAGCUGAGGUUCUAGAAAGUACCUGUGUGUAGGUACACAAAUGGAAGGAACCAGCAGGCCCCAAUCAGUAUGUUGUUUUAGGAGAGGCGAAUCAGAAAGGCUUGUUCGGUGAGAUAAGGAGAAAAUGUUGGGUUUUUUGGAGCAACCUUAAAGGAAACCGGUUGCAGGUAAACAAGUAUUUUGUGCUAUUGUGUUGCUUGCUCAUAGCAAGACAUUUUACGGCAGCUUGUGAGGGACAAUUACAGCACACAGAUUUCACAAAAAAAACUCAACACAUUAUGUGCUGUUGGCUUUUCGCAAGUGAAUUUUUAAUUUUUUAAAAAAAGGGUCACCUCAGACAUUUGUUUUAUUAAAAUCAUAGAUAUUACUACCUAGUAGUGUUAUGAUGGCAACACUGUUCUAAUUGAAGUGACACUAUUGGCACUAUCACAUAUGUUCUUUAUUGUAUUUUCAUAGUUCAACUAUAGCUUUGUGGUAAAUCUAUUUAAUGAAAAAUCAUUGUGGUCAAACCAAACUCCGAGUUCCAAAUUUAAUUGGCGGAACAUGCUUUGUUCUUGCAUUUGUAUUUAGAAUUGGACUCGGCAGUUCUAGGUAACAUUGCACUACAAUAUUGUGAUAUGAAGUAUUUGUAUUUGUAAUUGGUGAUUGCAAUACGUGGAGUGCGACUUUGCGGCUGGAGGAACUUGCAGGUCCUGAUUGGAUAACAAAAGCAGUCCCUUCUUGUAGCUGAUAGGCUAACAGAUACAGUUUUAAUUCCUUCAGCACUGACUAUGUGAGUGUUGUGUUUUGUACUUCCAAAUCUAUGCCCGUGUCAACAAUAUUUAUUUAAUAUAAAUCCUUAAGAUACAGGGGUCAGCUGUAGGGUUGAGCUGCCUAUUCUGCACCCAUGGAUCAAACAUGGCAGCGACACCUUUCUUAUUUUUAUUCCCACAAGCUGCCACCCAAACCUAUUUGUUUACAGGUUUUUUUAUUUUACUAUGGAAAUGUGGGUUAGCCAUGUAUAUUUAAACUUCAGGCUGCCCUAUUGCCAGAAAAAUUGGUGUUUGACGUCAAUUGAGUUUUUUUAUUCUAGAAGUUGUGUAUCUGUACUUGCUUUUUUUCAGUGAACAAAAUGUACCAAUAAGCAGUGGUGUUUCCACAUGAAGUGCAGGGUUUUUGUGUAAUGAUCUGAAUAGCUGCAAGUAGCAGUAAGGUAUUAUUAUGGGCAGGUUAUUACACAGGUAGAGGGUUUAGAGAGGUAAAUAGUACAGAAGUACAGCAUUCUUUGUUUCCUUUAGCACUUAACGAAUGGAUUCCUUUGUUUUUUAGAGAAUAUAUCAUUCCUCAAGUGCUUACCAAUCCCGCAGCCUUGUUGAAUGUGGUCGGCUUGAGGAAGAAUUUAUUUCAUGGCAGUAUCCCUUUUAAUCACAAACAUUUGGAAAUCUAUGUUUGUAUAAAAGCUGCUAAUGUGGAUAUGAUGCAAUUAAGGUGGUUUUGUCUUACAUGGUCUCUAAAUACAUGAAAAAAGUCUAAAGGCCUUUGGCUUUAGUGAUUGUAUCUGAGUUUAUUGAAACAUCCCUACGGUAUGUGGCAGAUUAAUGGGGAUCUAAGUUUAACUUGUAUUUUGUUAUGUUCUUAAUAAGGAAAGCAAAAUGAACAGAACGUUUGGCCCGAGUGUAUAGGCCUGAACAGUUCAGCGACUGCUGCUCUGAUUCCUUUUAACUAUCCUAUUAUAGAUUUUGGCUGUCAGCAAACUUUAUAUCUACAUAUAUUUAUUUUUUAGAGACUGUAAACCAUGGCAUGCUUCACUAAAACUCCAGGGCAUAAACACUUCAACAGAAUGAAUAUAUUUGAUGCACCACGUAUAAGUAUUUAGUGCUCUUGAUGUUCUGGUCUGUGGCUGCCGUCUCUGCAGUUAAUUCCUAAACAGGCUCUGUGUCUUGUUGGUUCUGAAACGGCGCUGCUGUGUAUAGCACUUCCACAGGACAAAGGAGGACUCCCAUAGAAGAGACAGGCAAUAGUUAAGCCUGUACUGAGGCGCACACUUGUUAAGAUGCUUAAUGUUGUCUUAAGCAUUAUAAGCAGAGGGAAGUUUUACGAGUAAGUACCAAAGGGACCCGGUUCAGUUUACAAGCAAUUAACUUAGCACAGGGCUAGGCAAUUGGUGGUGCUGCAGACUAUUCAGUUACUGCACCCAUAAUCCAUACAUAGUCCUUAGGUAAGGCACUGUUGGAAAUCAUAGGUCAGCACAAGUGAUCUGUAUUGCUCUCAUGUUGGGAGAUAGAGAGAACAUAGGGUUCAUGUUUCACUCUUUAGAAGGGGCUGUGUAUUUUUAGUUUUAAAAAAAGUGAUUAGACAGGAGUGAUGAGAAAGCAUAGCUGCUGCAGAGCAAACAAAACCACCACAGCCACUAGGCCCUAAUGCAAGUAAGUUAAACUUGUCUAAUUGGUAUUAAAAAUGGUGACGGCAAGGCAGUGGUACCAUAGUGUUAGACUAAUGCUCGGUACACUGAGGGCUAGCAAUCAAACCUGAUGGUCUGGGACUUUAUGGCUGGUUCACUUGGCUGAUGUAAAAGGGGAUUUUUUUCAUUUAUUUUUUAUCAUCCACAGCAUUUAGUAGGAACCAUUAAUUAGUGACAAGUAAUGAGAAUGUUCAUGUUGUGUCUCUCAAUGUCACCUUGAUCCUUCAACUUAUCCUACAGGACAGGCAGGUAGGGCCACUGGGAGAAGAAUAAAUGUCAGCCCCCAGGAUAUCAAUCUUAAAAAGGACAAGAUUCAUUAACAGCCAAUCAAAGGCUGUUUCAGAGCUGCACAUGCUCAGUAUCUGUAACUCAUGCCACACCCUGUGGAUCUAAUUCCAUGUUUAUUUUGUAACUCGCUUGUGCAAAUAUUGUAAUUUUGUUAUAAAUAAGUUAUGAGGAUGAUAUGAAAAGAAUGUUUCGCCAACUGGGGAAAAAGAUUUCAUGGUUGUGUUUAUUAAGGGAGACUAUAACCCCCUGAGCAUUGCCUCUAUAAAAAUUAACACGUAAAACAUUGUUCAAAUUUAGUGAUGAGCGAACUUUCUUUAACCAGGUUUUGUCAGCAAAAAACACCCAUAGACAGCUGUUAAAAAAAAAAAAAAAAA